AUGAGUGGGAGUCAGUCGCAUAUCCCCGACAGUAACUUUCCGGAUCCCACACACACAUCUCCUCCUAUGGGUACACAGCCCUCAGCUCCCACGGCCAUGAGCAUUGAGGAGUUUGUAUCGCAACCCGGACGGGAUAGGUUGCCUCGCCUUGAUCCUGACUUGCGACCGAACACGACCUGGUUUCAAUUUUCGGGAAACGGGAUUACGAGUUCGAUCAACUCAAUGACGAAUUCGUUGAUAACUAAAYCGUAUCCCACAUUUAGUUCGAUGCCGGUGGCAGACCAGGAGACAUGGUUUCGGCAAUUUGCGCAAGACUUUACCUGGGACCCCCAGCUGACUAACCAGGUCCGACGCCAGUUCCAGAAAAAGGCAUCCYGAAAGUACUCGUUGAAGAUAAACGAGUGGAAGGACAUGUGGUACAAAGAAGGAAAGGUGCCGCGGAGAAUGCAAGGUAACCCAACCUUAUGGGGUGGACUACUUGCCCAUUGGGAACGGGAGGAGACAAAAGUAAGCUCCGGGAAAAACUCGUCUAACCGGAACAGCGACCGGAAGGGGAAGGGACCGGCGACCCAUAACCUCGGCGCAACGAGCAAAGCGACGCGUCUUGAGAAGCUGAUUGAGAAGACCGGUGUGCGUCCGUCACAUCUUGAUUUGGUCAGAGAUGCGCACACCAACMGAAAGACKGGUSAAWUUCAAGAUCCYAUUGCUCGKGAAAUCGUGGAAAGCGUGGAGARGSUCGGUGAGGAGUACCUCCAAUCCCAACCGAUCGUCGAAGGAACUCCCCCGGCCACGGAAGUUCCACUAGAGAUGAUCAACCAGUUCACCUACCAGGUUACGCCGAAGACCAAAGGUCGUGUGUUUGGCCUCCCGGAAGACAGCUCCUCCGCGUCUGUUACUUCUGCCAGCUUUCACAACGUUGGGAUGUUGAGGGCACAGAACGAGGAGCUUAUGGAGUGGGUGACCCUGAUGGAGGCACAACGCGCGGAAGAUCAAGCCUGGAAACUGGAACAGAUAGCCCGCAUGCAGGCAAUGGAAGAUAAGAUGAACGCGAUCCUCCGCAACCAGUCGCAAUAG